AUGCUUUACGCCGUGCUUCCCCCCGCCUCCGACCCGCUUCCCCCGCUUCCCUCCGCCCAUGCGCGCGACUCCUCUCCGGCAAGCAGCGCGCGCAACUCGCGCGGCGCCGCUGCGGUUGACGGGGCGGCGCAUGGGCGGAAGGGAGCGCACGCGCGGACGAAAUCGUGGGACGUAGGGGCGGGUGCGGAAGGCGGGGGGGAGGGGGGAAGAGCAGCGGACGCGGGGGGAGGAGCUGCGGCUCCGCGGUUAGUGCCCGCCAUGAUGACGUCACUGUCGCUCACUGUGGAGUGCCUGAUGACGACAGCAAGUGUCAGCAUACAGGGCACGUGGGAAGUUGGGGAGUAUGCGCGGGGGCGCGGGCAAGGGGGAGGAGGGGGAGGCGGAGGGGAAGGCAGAGGGGAAGGGGGAGGAGGUGGCGGAGGGGAUGGUGGGGUUGAAGGGGAGGAGCAACAGCAGUGCUGCGACUGCCUUUUUGUGCUGCCCACGUCUCACAGGAGCCAUGUGACAGCAGUGGAGGUGACGUUAGCAGAUGGAAGGUUCCUCGCAACUGCAGUGCUCCCAGCGGACGAGGCAGAGGCAGCGUGCAGGGCGAGCCAAGAACGGGCGGCAGCCGCCCACUCCGCCGCCCAGCCCGUGCCGCCCAGGCCGGCCCGCUCCUCGUUCCUGCGCCUUUCGUCUGCUAGCUUUAGCAGGAGCGGCAGCAGCCGGCAUCGGUGGAAAAGCCAAGAGGGAGUGGGGGAUGGGGAUGGGAGGGCUGAAGCAAGAACGGGCGAGUGGGGAGAGAGCAGUGGGAAGGAAGGCGGUGUGAGUGGGGGUGUGGAGAGGGGGGAGGGUGGGGUUGAACGUGGUGAAGGUGGUGGUGAGAGUGAGUGGAGAAGGGGAGGGGAUGACGAGGAUGAGGAGGAGGAGGAGGUGGAGGGGAGUGGAGGGCAGCGGCGUCGGUGUGUGGCGAGGCGGCAUGCAGCUGUGCUUUUGGAUGAGAGCCCCGUGCACACACCGCACAUGCUCAGGCUCAGAAUACCCAAGGUACCCCAGGGCAGCAGUGUGCGCGUGCGGGUGACAUACGUGGAGGCGAUGGCGGGGCGGCAGGGGUACAGCGAGAUGAGCGUGCCGCUGACAGUGCCCUUGGGGUGCGUGCCUGGCGACCUGGCGGUGCAGGACGUGGUGCGAGUGAGCUGCACCAUUAACAGCGGGCUGCAGUGCCCCAUGAAGAUAGGCGACUUCAACCACCCCAUGAAGGUGGUGUUUGUGGACUUGGGGCGAGCCACGUUUGUGGGCCAUCCAAUCGAUGAGGACCCCGAGGCAUGGCCCAACGCCGACUUCACCAUCUCCUUCCAGGUGGUAACAGAGGACGUGAGUGCAGCAGUGCUCGUGCAAGCGCCUCUCAUCGGAGACCCCGAUCCCCGUGCCGCCUUCGCCCUUUCAAUGGCUCCGCCCGAUCCCUCCCAAUUCUCAAUUCUUCCUCAUCUCUCCCCUUGCACCUCUGCCGCUGUCCACACUGCAUCCCUUGCUUCACACUCCUCUCCUUCCAAACCGCAACUCUGCUCCAAAUCCGAGUCUCCCCUGCCAUGCCAUCUGCCCCUCCUAUCGCCCUCGGUUCUCCUCUUACUCUCUACACCCCGCCAACUGCUUCUAUUUCCACAACCAUGUUCUCACCUCAACCUGCUUCUUCACAUGCCGCCCUCCAAUGCGUUCGUCUCUUUCUGGGCACCUUUUUUCACAACCCUCUCUCCCGCCAGCCGAGCCGUCGUGUUCGUCCUUGACAGCGAGACAGGGCUGAGGGGCCGCCCCAUGGAAGACGCACGCAGGGCGGUGGCAGCGGCACUGAGGCGCUUAAAGCCCCACGACUCGUUCGCAGUGGUGUCGUUUGACUUCGAGCUGCUGCUGCUGGAUGACGAGCUCGAGGCCGCCUCGCCUCUUUCCACUGCAACCCUCCCUUCCUCGGUCGCCCCUCCAUCCCCCUCCACGCCUCUCCAUCCCUCUCCACCCCUCGACAGCCGAGCCGUCGUGUUCAUCCUUGACAGCGAGUGCGGCCUAAGAGCCCGCCCCAUGGAAGACGCACGCAGGGCGGUGGCAGCGGCACUGAGGCGCUUAAAGCCCCACGACUCGUUCGCAGUGGUGGCGUUUGACUUCGAGCUGCUGCUGCUGGACGACGAGCUCGAGGCCGCCUCGCCUGAGGCUGUACGCCGCGCGUGCAAGUUCGUGCUGCAGGCACAUGACUGGCCGCAGCCGACUAAUGCGCUCACGCCAUUGCAGCUGGUGGGUGGGUGGAGAGCGGCGUUCAGGAUGCUGAGGGGCCACACGGCAGCGCUGCAGCAGAUCGUGCUCAUCACGGACGGCCCUGUGCGGGCGGAGCGCCGAGUGUGCCACUGGGUGCAGCGCGCCCUGGCUGACUGGGGGGGCACCGCCCCUCGCAUCUUCACCUUCGGCAUCGGCCCAUCGGUGAAUCCUUUCUUCCUCAAGUGGCUUGCUGCUGCCACCCGCGGCUCUUCACAGGUCACCCGCAAUCCAGGCGGCUGGAUGGAAUGCUGCAGGCCAUGGCUCGCCCGCUCGUCACCAACAUUGCCAUCCGCGACCUGCCGCCCGCCUGUGAGCUCUACCCCUACCCCAUCCCGGACUUAUAUGCAUCUG